AUGCUCGUGCAUUCGCGUUUGCAGCCGUCGGCCGGUUUCCCUAACGUAGUUGCAACUUCCGAAAAAAAGGACCUUCUUCGACAUCAAGUCUCUUCACUUCUCAUGUCGCACCGGAAAACCCAUUCCCUGCUAAGAGAUGAACAAAAGGCCCUAAGGGAGCUGAAAGCGGACACCGAAAUAGUUAUUCUGCCUGCUGACAAAGGCCGGUCAACCGUCAUUCUCGACAAGGUGGACUACCGACUCAAAGCCCUCCUGCUCCUCAACGAUCGAGAGUCCUACAAAGUCAGCGACACCGCCGGUCUAAAGUCCCUAGUGGCAAAGGUUAACAGAAUUCUUGCUCGACUAAAAAAGGACAAGGUCAUCACUGUCAAAGACUGGUAUAUGGCAAAGCCCACAGAAACCGCUAUGGCGAGAUUCUAUGAUCUCCCUAAAGUUCACAAGCCAGAUAUUCCCCUCCGUCCUCUCGUCUCACUCCGAGGCACACCCACAUAG